GUAGAUAAAUCCUCUCACAUGGAAUUGCGAGUCAAAUGGCCAAAUGAUGUCUAUGUCGUCGAUAAGACGUCAAAUACGUGCACGAAGAUAUCAGGUGUUCUUGCUAGUGCUACAUGCACUGAUCCCGGCGAGGUCCGAUGCUUAGUAGGCAUCGGUGUGAAUGUGGCAAAUUCCAAGCCGACCACGUGCUUGCAUGAUAUAAUCAGAGCAGGCGCUGGAGACGCGAAUGUGGCACUACCGUCAGUGGCUGCUGUGGUUGGUAGAACGUUACACCAUCUUGAGAUUCUCAUCAAUCGGUUCGAAUCUGGGGGUUCGAAGCAGAUAGAAGAGAUGUACACAUCUGCUUGGAUACAUAAGGAUCAGCGUCUGGACGUUCCUGAUGGUGAUCACAAAAUUAAGUGCACUGUGGUUGGGGUUGACGAGUUCGGGUAUCUGCGUGUUUUGAGUGAAAAGGGUGAGGAAAUUGUCCUUCAUCCAAACGGAAACUCGAUUGAUAUGGUCGCUGGGAGUGUGAUCUCGCGUCGUAUUCCCUAG